ACACAUUUCGACGUUUACGAGACGGACGCAUUUUAAGAGACGGACCAAAACAGGAAAUGGCGGAAAAUGAGCCCAGCUUCGAAGAGUUUGUUUGUUGUGUACUUUUAACGUUAAUACCCACAUUGAGUUGACGUUAGUUUGUUUAAUCGUAUGUUUGAGUGAACACCGGGUCUGAUGCUAAGCUAAUAGAGCCAAAGAUGUGGAGGAAAGGCUCGUCUGAGGGCUCCGACCGGUUUGAAUAUCUACAGACUCUGGUCACUGAGUUUCAGGACACCGACAGUGAAGAGGCAAAGGAGCAAGUGCUGGCUAACCUGGCCAACUUUGCGUACGACCCAAAGAACAUGGAGUAUCUGAGGGAGCUGCAAGUGCCCGACCUCUUCUUGGAUAUGCUCACUGAGGAGAAUGACAACUUUGUGGAGUUCGGGAUGGGGGGGCUGUGUAACCUGAGUAUGGACCCUGAAUGCCGAGACAUUAUCCUGCAGAGCAGCGGGAUCAGCUUGGUCACAAAUUGUCUGUCGAGCCAGAGGGAGGAGACUGUCCUGUCGGCCAUCACAACACUAAUGAACCUCACGACGCCCUCGUCCCGCUCUGAGAUCACUGUUCCGGCCAUCCUGCAGUGCAUGCUGCGCUUCUCCCUCUCAGAGAGCCCCCGCCUGCGCAACCUGGCUGCUGUGUUUCUGCAGGACUGCUGCACCGAGGAGCAGGUGGCCCGAGCGGAGCAGCAGAUGCAGGGACAGCAGACUGCAGUCGGUAUCCCGCUGCCCAAAGACUAAGUUACAGCUGGCGUAUGUGGGAGUCUUGUAUAUAAGUGGAUAAGUUGGCUCUCCAUGAGAGUAUAAGAACUUUUUUUUUUUUAACUUUUUAUGGCCAAACAAUAUAUGGGCACCCAAACAUCACACCUCCACUCUUCUGGUUUCAGUCUUUCCACCAGAUGUUUGAACCUGCUGCAGGGAUUUUCUCCCAUUCAGCCACAAGAGCAUCAGUGAGGUCCAACACUGAUGCUACAUGAUCAAGUCUGGCUCACUGUUGGUGUUUCAGUUCAUCCAAAAGGUUUUGGAUGGUGUUUAGGUCGGAGCUCUGAGCAGACCAGUCAAGUUCUUCCACACCAAACUGGGAAAACAAUUUAUUUAUGGAGCUGGCUUUGCGCAUGGGGGAUUUGUCAUGUUGAAACACAAACUGCUCCAACAAAGUUGGAAGUGAUAUUUCACUGCAUGUUGUAAGAUUGAGAUUUUCUUUAAUUGUCCACAUAGCAUUGGCCAUAACGUGUAUUUUUAAAUCUGAAGAACUUUUAAUAUAAGUUUUGCAAUUAGAGUUUAGGAUCACAAAACCGGCUAACAAGAUAAUUGGCUGCUAUUCUGCACAUUUAGCAUCAAAGUGCAUGUCAGCGCUUACAUUUAAAUGUUAUGCUCUUUCUGACCACAGGAGGGAGACUGGAUAGUUUUUGUUGAAGUGAAGGGCUGUUUUGUGAGAGAUUAAUACAGUUGAUUGUUAAUGGAACAAAAACAACAUGUGAACAAUUUAAUUUAGUUGACUUCCAACCUGUUGUGUUCAAAGUGUAUAGAGAGAAGUAACCAAAAUCUCACUUGUAAAUUUAGGCUCACUGACUGUAGGCUCAAUGUCAGUACUUAUAUGCCCAAAAAUGUACAUUCCUUUGUGUUGAAGUGAUUUCCUAAGACCUGGGACAGAUGCUGGAGCACCUUAAAGCCAACUGGUCGACUCUUGGCACUCUAUAAGAAUACCAUAAAUCCCAAACCCAAAAAUAUGUAAAAUAAACCUUGAGGUUCAUUCUGAA